AUGCGGUUCUUCAUAUGGAAUAUUCCUAUUGAUAUGUCACUUAUUAUUUUGUUAAUUUCGGUAGUGUUUAUUGAUCAACAAAUAUUUUCAAUUCAUUUUCAUACUACUGGAUUAAUUUUAUCAAAUCAACUCCCUGAAGAUAAUGUUGCCUCAAAUACACUAAAUUAUUAUUAUCCAAAUAUCACCAUUAGUAAUAAUAACAACAAUGAGUUGCUGAAUCCUUAUAAAUCUAAACGUAGAAUUUGGGCUGCAUUACCAAAACAUAUUGAUUUACUACGUUUUCCUCAAAUGAAUAACAAUGAAAGGGUAGUUAAACAAGGCACUAAUGCACAUCCACUGUUAACUGAUCAAAGUAAACCUAAAUUUCGAAGAGAAAGUGUUGGACAGAAAAUUUCAUUCAAUCGUCAGAAUUCACAAAAAUACUUAUACGAUAACGAUAAUAAUAAUAAAUUCAAUAGGAAUGAUUUACUUUAUAAUAAAAUGAGACCAAGAUUUUCAAAAAAAGCUUUUAAUUAUGCUAAUUUUACAUGUCCAAAUGAAUGUAAAUGUCAUCUUACUGAGGUUGAGUGUAAAAAUGCUCAAUUGGAAUUUAUUCCAUCAAAUAUUCCAUUGUAUACGGAAAAAUUGUAA